GGGAAGGGGAAAUCCGCGGCCGCCGGGGCAGGACGCGGCGGGGCCACUCGGGGAGGCGGCGGGCCGGGGAGGGAGAGCGGUGUCCGACCGCGCUCCGCGCCGCCUCCCCGCGCUCCCGCCGCGGGCCGCGCCGGGACCGCCGGCGGCGCCGUAUUCACCGCGCGCUUUAGGCCGCGGCGCUGCGCAGACAGCGUACAGCCGCCGUCCCUCCGCCCGCCAGCGUCGCUCGCGCCGCGGCCGCCGCCCCGCCCCUCCUCGCCCUGGCCCCGCCUCCCCGGGCCGCUGCUCGGCCUCCCAUUGGCCGGCGCGGCCGUCACUCGGCGGCUGGGCCCAUCUCGCGCUCCCCAUUCAUGCAGUUUGGUUGCGUGUUGGUGUAUUUUACUGUUUGCAAUAAAGAGGGGGGGAUUUUUUUUUUGUUCAGUUUCUGCUGCAAUUAACUCUUGGUCCCUUUUAUACAUCUUCUUUUUUUUUUUUUUGUUUUCCCCCUUUUUUUUUUUUUUUGUUGUUCGAUUUUGCAGAACGGUUGAAACAGUUUUUUUGUUUUUUUGUGGUUUUUUUUACGGGGGUUACAUUUAUUAUUUUUUUUUUAUAUCUUAUCUAGAUCUAUAUAUUUUGCAAUCAACUAUUAAGGUGCAACUAUGCCCAAAAGAAAGGCUCCAGCUGAAGGCGAGGCAAAGGAGGAGCCAAAGAGAAGGUCAGCUAGACUAUCCGCUAAACCUGCUCCACCUAAACCGGAGCCAAAGCCCAAAAAGGCAGCACCUAAGAAAGAAAAGGCAGCAAAUGAUAAAAAGGAGGACAAAAAGGCAGCAACAAAAGGGAAAAAAGGAGCCAAAGGCAAAGAUGAAACUAAACAAGAGGAUGCUAAAGAAGAAAACCACUCUGAAAACGGAGAUACCAAAACUAAUGAGGCACCAGCUGCUGAAGCAUCUGAUGAUAAGGAAGCCAAGUCCGAGUAAUGUUAACCCUGCCCUAUAUCUCCAUCAUUUGGUAUCCGUACCUCCAUGCUGUAUUGUUAACAGAGAGGAAUAUUUUUAUCAACUAUUUUAUAAAUGCAGGUUUUUUUAGCAUGAAUUUAAUUAUGGAACAUCUUCAUCUCGGUUACUUGGGAAUUAAAUCCCUAACAAACAAAACAAAAAAAAAAAAUCAUUGUUUUUAAAUUUUGUGAUUGUAAUAGUUUGUAUGGUACAUGGAAAGAAUAAGUGGUGGUAGCUUUUGACUUCUGUCAGUGUGUCCCUUUUUUGUGUAAGUCAUGCUUACAGACUCCAGAUUUUAAUUUUCCCCUUGUAUGUGUUGUAUGGUUUCUUAAAGUGGGGAGGUCUCAAAACAAAUAACCGUGUUAAACAUUCCAGUGGUUCUGUGGGUUGCUUUUAUAAAGAAGGUGAGCUAUUUUCAUGAAAAAAAAAAAAACAAAAAACCUAAGAGCUGGAAAUCUGUUGUUUCCCAAAUGUAAUUUUAUUUUGUCAGUUUUAAAAAAAAAAAAAAAAAAAAAGAAAAUAAAUAAAAGUGUAAUCAUGUUUUUAAACGAAAUACAAACAUUUCUUUUAAAAGGGCAGGUUGGUUGUAUGUACCCACUGUUAGGAAUUUUGCUGGAUUUAUCUUAAUAAAAAAGACUCCUCAAAA